AUGGCCAACUCACCAUACGAUAAAUCAACCGUUCAGGCAGCUCACGUCCAAUCUUCGGACAGCGCAAAUACAGCCGAGUAUACAGCCAAUGGGCAGUGGACCGACUACUAUACCCAAAGUCAAUUCACAGAAGUCAAUCGUGCUGUACUAUCAAACAAUGGUAGUGCUCAAAGCCAAAAUCAAAAAUCAUACACUUCCUAUUCGAUUACCAAUACAAACUCGAUGACGCUAAUGGAUCGCUGGGCUACCGAAACUCCUCAACAAGCUCCUUGGAAUGCAGUGGGAAGCGUUGCUACCUCAUCAAGCAAUACCGGAUCCGGGUAUUCAAAUAACUAUGUUGAUCACCAACAGCAAGCUCAUGACGAUUGGAGUGUCUGUGGAAAUAAAUCAAGUAGAUGA